GGAGACUCUCCUGACUGCUGAGUGGAGUGUUUCAGGCUGUGAGUAGAGACGUGGCUGUACCUGAACUGUUUCUGAAGGCGGGGGGCAGGAUGAGCGCAUGCGAGGGGGCUGCAAACCACAGCAGGUUCGGCUGACAUCCUGCCUCUCUGUAGCUGCUCCGUCUCACUCCAGCUCCUCGCCACCUCUCAGCCUGUUCCAGGAUCCUCGAGUUCGGUUCCGAGAUGAGCAGUAAAGCGUUACCGGCGCCGAUCCCGCUGCACCCGGCGCUGCAGCUCAACUACGCGUUCCUGCAGACGCUCAACGCGUUCCCCGCCGCCGUGGAUCAUCUGUACGGCCUGAGCUCGGUCCAAACCAUGCAGAUGAACCACUGGACUCUGGGCUACCCGCCCGUUCAGGGCCUCGUGGACCCGCGCUUUCCGUUCGCCGCGCACCUCUUCCACCCCAAACCCGCUGCCGCGCUGCACAAGGACAGACCCAGAUUCGACUUCGCGAACCUCGCGGCGGCGGCCACGCAGGAGGAUCGCGACGCCACAGUCUGA